CUGUGUCGGCACCGGGGCCUGAGAGUGCUCGGGGAGUGCAGAGGAGGUUGCCAGUUCGCCCCGGUGGGCCUGUGCCCCGCGCCGUUCUCCGGGGCCUCUCCGCCGAGUGCGAGGCUCACGCCGAACGGGACCCGCAGUGCCGAGCGGCUGAAGGAGCUUCGCGGUUUGUGGUGCAUUCCUGAGCAUGAGUGCAGAAUGAAGCGACGGUUGGAUGACCAGGAGUCACCGGUGUAUGCAGCCCAGCAGCGUCGGAUCCCUGGCGGCACGGAGGCUUUUCCUCACCAGCACCGGGUGCUGGCCCCCGCCCCUCCUGUCUAUGAAGCGGUCUCCGAGGCCAUGCAGUCGGCCACAGGGAUCCAGUACUCAGUCACGCCCAGCUACCAGGUUUCAGCUGUGCCCCAGAGCUCUGGCAGUCAUGGGCCCGCCAUCGCAGCUGUCCACAGCAGCCACCACCACCCGACGGCCGUCCAGCCCCACGGAAGCCAGGUGGUUCAGAGUCACGCCCACCCCGCCCCGCCCGUGGCACCCGUGCAGGGACAGCAGCAGUUCCAGAGACUCAAGGUAGAGGAUGCGCUGUCCUAUCUCGACCAGGUAAAGCUGCAGUUCGGCAGUCAACCACAGGUCUACAAUGAUUUCCUUGACAUCAUGAAGGAGUUUAAAUCUCAGAGCAUCGAUACUCCGGGAGUGAUCAGCCGGGUGUCACAACUGUUCAAAGGCCACCCCGACCUGAUCAUGGGCUUCAACACCUUCCUGCCUCCUGGCUAUAAAAUUGAGGUGCAAACGAAUGACAUGGUGAACGUGACAACUCCCGGCCAGGUUCAUCAGAUCCCCACCCAUGGCAUUCAGCCCCAGCCUCAGCCACCGCCCCAACAUCCUUCCCAGCCUUCAGCACAGUCUGCCCCAGCUCCUGCCCAGCCCAGCCCUCAGCCCCCAGCCACCAAAGUCAGCAAGCCUUCCCAACUCCAAGCACAUACUCCAGCCAGCCAGCAGACGCCCCCGCUGCCGCCGUACGCGUCCCCACGCUCUCCACCCGUCCAGCCCCACACCCCAGUGACAAUCUCCCUGGGCUCGGCCCCAUCCUUGCAGAACAAUCAGCCUGUGGAGUUUAAUCAUGCCAUCAACUAUGUCAAUAAGAUCAAGAACCGAUUCCAGGGCCAGCCAGACAUCUACAAAGCAUUCCUGGAGAUUUUGCACACAUACCAGAAAGAGCAGCGGAACGCUAAGGAGGCAGGAGGGAACUACACUCCAGCCCUAACAGAGCAGGAGGUAUAUGCCCAGGUGGCCCGGCUCUUCAAAAACCAGGAAGACCUGCUGUCUGAGUUUGGACAGUUCCUUCCAGAUGCCAACAGCUCUGUGCUUCUAAGCAAAACCACAGCUGAGAAGGUGGAUUCCGUGAGGAACGACCAUGGAGGCACUGUGAAGAAGCCGCAGCUGAACAACAAGCCCCAGAGGCCCAGCCAGAAUGGCUGCCAGAUCCGCAGGCACUCCGGGACGGGCGCCACCCCCCCUGUGAAGAAGAAGCCCAAACUCCUGAGUCUAAAGGAUUCCUCAAUGGUAGAUGCCAGUAAGCACGGGGUUGGAACAGAAUCAUUAUUUUUUGAUAAGGUCCGAAAGGCUCUGCGCAGUGCAGAGGCAUAUGAAAAUUUCCUGCGCUGUCUUGUUAUCUUCAACCAGGAGGUCAUCUCCCGAGCUGAACUGGUGCAGCUGGUCUCUCCUUUUCUAGGGAAAUUCCCUGAAUUGUUUAAUUGGUUUAAAAACUUUCUGGGCUACAAGGAGUCUGUUCACCUGGAGAGCUAUCCAAAGGAACGCGCCACAGAGGGCAUUGCCAUGGAGAUCGAUUACGCAUCCUGCAAGCGCCUGGGCUCCAGCUACCGCGCCCUGCCAAAGAGCUACCAGCAGCCCAAGUGCACGGGCCGGACUCCACUCUGCAAAGAGGUUUUAAACGAUACUUGGGUUUCCUUCCCCUCCUGGUCUGAAGACUCCACCUUCGUCAGUUCUAAGAAGACUCAGUAUGAGGAGCACAUUUACCGUUGUGAAGAUGAACGUUUUGAGCUUGAUGUCGUCUUAGAGACCAAUCUGGCAACAAUCCGAGUUCUGGAAGCAAUACAGAAAAAGCUCUCCCGCCUGUCUGCUGAGGAGCAAGCCAAGUUCCGCCUGGACAACACCCUCGGGGGCACGUCAGAAGUCAUCCACCGCAAAGCCCUCCAGAGGAUAUACGCUGACAAGGCAGCCGACAUUAUCGACGGGCUGAGGAAGAACCCCUCCAUCGCAGUUCCAAUUGUUCUUAAAAGGUUGAAGAUGAAAGAGGAAGAGUGGCGAGAAGCUCAGAGAGGCUUUAACAAGGUUUGGCGAGAACAAAAUGAAAAAUACUACUUGAAGUCUCUAGACCAUCAAGGCAUCAACUUCAAGCAGAACGACACGAAGGUCCUGAGGUCUAAGAGCUUGCUCAAUGAGAUCGAGAGCAUAUACGAUGAGAGGCAAGAACAAGCCACAGAAGAGAACGCAAAUGUCCCCGCUGGCCCGCACCUCUCACUCGCCUACGAAGACAAGCAAAUCCUGGAGGACGCCGCUGCCCUGAUCAUCCAUCAUGUCAAGAGGCAAACAGGAAUUCAGAAGGAGGACAAGUAUAAAAUCAAGCAAAUCAUGCAUCAUUUCAUUCCAGAUCUGCUGUUUGCUCAGAGAGGUGAUCUCUCCGAUGUGGAGGAGGAGGAGGAGGAAGAAAUGGAUGUAGACGAAGCCACAGGAGCAGCCAAGAAGCACAACGGUGUUGGGGGCAGCCCCCCUAAAUCCAAGCUCCUCUUUAGUAACACAGCAGCUCAGAAAUUGCGAGGGAUGGACGAAGUGUACAACCUCUUCUACGUCAAUAACAACUGGUAUAUCUUUAUGCGGCUGCACCAGAUUCUCUGCUUACGGCUGCUACGGAUUUGUUCCCAAGCUGAGCGGCAAAUUGAAGAGGAAAACCGAGAGAGAGAAUGGGAACGGGAAGUGCUGGGCAUCAAGCGAGACAAGAGUGAUAGCCCUGCCAUCCAGCUGCGGCUCAAAGAACCUAUGGACGUUGAUGUGGAGGAUUAUUACCCAGCAUUCUUGGACAUGGUGCGGAGCCUGCUGGACGGCAACAUAGACUCGUCGCAGUAUGAAGACUCGCUGAGAGAGAUGUUCACCAUUCACGCCUACAUUGCCUUCACCAUGGACAAGCUGAUCCAGAGCAUCGUCAGACAGCUGCAGCACAUUGUCAGCGAUGAGAUCUGCGUGCAGGUGACGGACCUUUACCUGGCAGAAAACAAUAACGGGGCUACUGGAGGGCAGCUGAGCUCACAGAGCGCACGGAGCCUGCUGGAGUCCACGUACCAGCGGAAAGCGGAGCAGCUCAUGUCUGAGGAGAACUGCUUUAAGCUUAUGUUCAUUCAAAGUCAAGGCCAGGUUCAGCUGACUAUUGAGCUUCUGGACACAGAGGAGGAGAAUUCAGAUGACCCUGUGGAGGCUGAGCGCUGGUCAGACUACGUAGAGCGCUACAUGAACUCCGACACUACCUCUCCUGAGCUCCGGGAACAUCUGGCCCAGAAACCAGUGUUUCUCCCCAGGAACCUGCGGCGGAUCCGGAAGUGCCAGCGCGGGCGGGAGCAGCAGGAGAAGGAGGGCAAGGAGGGGAACAGCAAGAAGCCGGCGGAGAGCGUGGACAGCCUGGACAAGCUGGAGUGCAGGUUCAAGCUCAACUCGUACAAGAUGGUGUAUGUCAUCAAGUCCGAGGACUACAUGUACCGCCGCACCGCGCUGCUGCGCGCGCACCAGUCCCACGAGCGUGUGAGCAAGCGUCUGCACCAGCGGUUCCAGGCCUGGGUGGACAAAUGGACCAAGGAGCAUGUACCUCGUGAGAUGGCAGCGGAGACCACCAAGUGGCUCAUGGGCGAGGGGCUGGAGGGCCUGGUGCCCUGCACCACCACCUGCGACACGGAGACCCUGCACUUCGUCAGCAUCAACAAGUACCGCGUGAAGUACGGCCCCGCGUUCAAGGCGCCCUAACCCGGGCCCGAGGAGCCCGAGGCACAGGCCAGGCUGCAAGCAAGGGUGCUUCCAGCCUCACUGGGCCUGCAGGCACCGAGGGGGAUACCGAUAGGAACGGGGCGCCUGACAGCCGGAGCUACCCAGAAGGGAAGGAAGCCCAGGCAAGCGCACAACCCCACAGCGUGCUUGCCCACACCAGCAGGGAACCACCAGCGUCUCCACCGCCCUACCUUCAGGAAGGAGCGGGGUGCUGCUCAGGCGGACGCACCGGGAGCGCGGCACCGCUGCCGGCCUCUACUCUCUCCCCAGACAGGAGAGACACCGGACCUGGUGUUUUGUUUCAUUUUCUGGUCACGAGCACAUCUAAGAUAAGCCAUUGGGUUUCGUGUGGGCUCCCAGCGUGGCUUCCGGAUGGGUCGUCGUGUGGGUCUGGUGUCCGCCCACCCCACUCCCCUCUUCCGGUUCUCAACACGUACAACUCCGUCGUCCUUUCUAGCUCCCGUGGAACUGUUUUGUACCUGCUUCUUUACUAGUCCGCCCUAGUCCAUCCACCAGCUUUCUCUCUCUCUCUCUCUCUCUCUCUCACACACACACACAUACACACACACAAUUUUAACUUGGGUUUUCUUUUGUAAAUAAUGUACAUAUUGUCAAUUUUUUAUUAAAAGAACUCUGCUUUGAUGUGCUAGCAUAACUGCUGUAGCUCCUUGUGUACCGUGGUGCUGUGUGGCUUCAGGUUUAGUGCUACGACAGGUGUACAAGGCAUUUAUUACACUUUCUACCAAAGGGACUUAACCAUUGUAGUACUUUUGUGUAAAACUUGUCUUCCCCUUUGCCCCGACUUUUUUUCUUUUUUUUUCUUUUUCUUUUUUUUGUAAAUAAAUAAAGCUUGGUUCUUAAGGAA